UGGCAAGAGCCCAGCGCCGCUGCCGUAACCUGGAAGGAAACGACUCCGAGCCGACAACUUCCUGCGCUGCUCCGCGGCCGCAGCGCGGAAGGGAAGCAUCGGCCCGGGGAUGGCUCGGGCCGGCAGCGCCAGCAGCAGGUCCUAGCUGAUGCUCAGGCUUCCCUGGCAUGAUGCCAUCCCGAACCAAUCUGUCCGCCGGCAUUCCCAGCAGCAAGGUCAAGUACUCCAAGCUCUCCAGCACCGACGAUGGCUACAUUGACCUGCAGUUCAAGAAGAGCCCACCAAAGAUCCCCUACAAGGCAAUAGCCUUGGCUGUUGUGCUCUUCAUGAUCGGGACCUUCCUCAUCAUCAUCGGUGCCCUGCUGCUGGCAGGAUACAUUAGCAAAGGAGGCUCAGACCGUGCCAUCCCCGUGCUCAUCAUUGGCAUCCUGGUGUUCCUGCCAGGCUUCUACCACCUGCGCAUCGCCUACUACGCCUCCAAGGGCUACCGCGGCUACUCCUACGAUGACAUCCCUGACUUCGACGACUGAACCCUGUCAUUAAUGAUGUAAUUAGCUGGGUGGUAAGAGCUGUUAGUCACCCUGCCUAGACCAGAGGGGACCUCUACCGUCGUAGGUGAAGUUUCUCAGUCAGAAGAUGCCAGCUUUGAGGUGCUGCAGGUUUUCCAGUUGCGGGGCUUGGGGGUUUGGAUCUGGAAGUGCCCAAAGAGCAGCACUGGGUGGGAAGAAGAUGGGAGGUGGUUGUGGUUUUCCUCUCAUGGUUGCAGAAUGCUUGUAUGAAGUUCUCCUUGGGCAAGACAAUUCUGAGCAGUUAUCCCCAGGCAGCUGAUGCAAAGCAGCUCAGAGACCUUUUCCCUCCCUGUUUGCAGAGUUGGUUUUCAGUCUCAGUAAGGUUGCUGCCGUUGUUGGCUUUGCCUUUGCAGCCCAACACCAGAGCUCAGUUCUCCUUUUGCUCCGUGUCAGAAAUGCUUCUGAGCUUGUCCUAUGCUCCUCUGGACCAGCACGAGUUAGAUGCCUACAAGAGGAGGGGGAAAACUGCACCUGCCUGAAAUUUCCACCUGGUGCAUUUGCACAACUCCUCUGGCCAGAGUGACCAAGAUACUCCCUCAGCAGAGACACCCUUGAGGCCUUUCCCCACCCCACUAACUUUGGGCAACAUCUCCUGAUGCUUUAAAAGGGCUGCUGUUGGAUUUUGCUUCUUGAUUUAAAGGGGCCAAGUAGACAGAGGGAGAAGAAUUGGGAUCUGGACCAGGACUUGAGUGUUCAAAUAGCAAAUCCCUUGGCUUUGAGCAGUGUGGAGGCUCUUGGAUUCCAGCUCUGUGUGUAUUUGGGAGCCUUUUGACCUUGCCUAGACAACAUCCUGUGUGUAACUCCCCAGAGCAGUAAAGAGGAGCUCUCUGUGGGGUUUGUGCUGAGCAAGUCCUGUUGUUGUUGUUGUUGUUUAGCUGACUUCAGCCAGGAAAGACAGAUUGGUGUCUCUGUCUCGUGUGAAGCAAAAAGUGUCCCUCUCCUGAAGUAGAAAUGCACUCAGUGUCCUGGAGAACAUGGAUGUGAUAAGCAGUGAUGCAAGCAGCUGUACUUAAUACAAAUAAACUUCACUCUCUUCUGUGUACA